AUGCACCAGUUCAACACCAACCUCUCCACUGCCUUGUCCCUCCUGGGGAGCACCAGCAACUCUGCUGACAUGAGGCCAGUUUUAAACAUAUUGGUUGAUGUCUCUGCUGCCAGAAAUGUCGUGGCAGGAGGCUUUAUAGGGUACACUGAAAGGAACAGAAAUCUGGUUCCUGAGGUGUACCUGGAGAAACCUGCGCAAGUUGGGCCAAAGCCAGGGAGAGCAGGAAGCCUGGCUUUCCCUCUGAAAUUUAAGAACCAGGACUUUGUUCGUCUGAGAGACCACUGUCUGAAUCAUGGCUUACUUUUUGAAGAUGAGACAUUCCCUGCACAUAUAGCUUCCAUUGGCCCUAAACUUGUACAAGGCAAUCUACAUCGGAUAAAGUGGCAGAGACCAACUGAUAUACUCCCGAAUGCCAGUUUAGUUGUGGACUACAUAAGCAGAUUUGAUAUUCUUCAAGGGAACAUAGGUGAUUGUUGGGUUCUGGCAGCUCUGGGUUCUUUGACCCUACAACAGCGGUUCCUGGAAAAUGUUAUUCCAGAAGGCCAAGGAUUCAAACACAAUUAUGCAGGAAUUUUUCAUUUUCGGUUCUGGUACUUUGGAGACUGGGUGGAUGUGGUGAUAGAUGACCGGCUGCCUUUUGUUGAUGGAAAAUACUUAUUUGUUAAGCCUCGGAGCAGAAACGAAUUCUGGCCCCCGCUGCUUGAAAAAGCCUAUGCCAAGUUGCGUGGUUCUUAUCAGAAGUUGCAUUGGGGCUUCAUUGAAGAGGCUUUAGUGGACCUCACAGGUGGGGUCCAGAUGUCUUUUGAACUUCAGUGCUUUUCCUCUAGUCUACAUGAGAUAGUGAAAGCCGCUGCCAAGACAGGUUGCCUCAUGGGAUGCAUCACUCCUGGAAAGCGCUCCACAGGUAGCAUAACAGGGAAGAAUGGAAUUGUGCAUGGGCAUGCCUACACUGUUGUAGAGGCCGCAGAGCUCCCCUAUAUGGGUAAGAUGGAACGUUUAAUCAGAAUUUGGAAUCCUUAUGGCCAUAUGGAAUGGAACGGAGCUUGGAGUGAUAGUUCCACAGAGUGGGAUCGAGUCCCAAAACAAUUCAAGAAAGAUUUGUAUGAGAAUAAGGAUAAUGGCGAGUUCUGGAUGUCAUAUGAAGAUUUCAAAGAAAAUUUUAUAUUCCUGUGUGUUUGUAAUGAUGUGCCAACAUUCCUGGACUUUGAAGAGCAGAGCAGCAGCAUAUGGUCUGUGCAAACAUAUGUCAACCGAUGGGUUCAUGGUCUUUCCUCAGAAGGGAGCACUCAUUAUAAAGGUGCCCCUUCAAGAAAGCCUCAGUAUUUCAUCCAAGUGAAGGAGCCUGACACGAACAAUAGCAAUGUUGUGGUUUCACUGACACAAAAACCUGUAAAUAAUGCAAACAAUUCCCAACUACAGGGCAUUCGUUUCCAGAUAUUCAAGGAUAGAACCACACUUUACAACGAGAAAUUCCAAAUACGACGAGAUGUCACUGAGGGAUUUCACUUGAGCCCUGGGACCUACAUCAUUAUUCCAGAAAUAUUGCAAGGAGGCCAAGAGUCAGAAUUCCUUCUACGAAUCUUUUUGAAGAGUCAAAACAACUUCAGGCCACCAACUACUGAGCUGAGCCCAGUGGUAACAAAGGAUAUGCCCAAGUGGAAUCAAGGCAGCCUCUAUGAAAACAUCUUCCUAAGAUAUGCUAAUCAGCUCUCCUACUUAGAUGCCUCACAACUGCAAAGGAUCCUUAAUGAAAUAUUCCUGAAAGAUCUAAUGGCCAGUUUGGGAAGCAGAGAUGGAUUCAGCUUCGAUUCAUGCAGGAGCCUUUUAGCUCUGAUGGAUACCAAUGCUAAUGGAAGACUUACACUGCAAGAGUUUGAAAAACUUUGGCGAGAUCUCUACAAAUAUAAGGACAUUUUUAAAAGAGAAGAUGAAAAUAAUUCUGGAUUCCUAGAUAUUUCCAAUUUGAGAAGAGUAACACAGAGUGCAGGGCUCUUCAUCAGUGACAAGAUCCUCCAGCUGAUGACUGUGCGACAUGGUGACUCUGCUAUGAGGAUGAACUGUUCUGAUUUUGUGUGUUGUAUGAUUCGUCUUGAAACCAUGGCAAAGGUAUUUCGCAAUUUAUCUGCAGAUGGGAGAGGAAUCUAUUUCACUGAAAACGAGUGGAUGACAAUGAUAAUGUAUUGCUAAGGAGGAGGCAAGACUCUAUAAAUGCUG